AUGGCUUGCUUGCCUGCAACAGAGUUCAUCUGGGUCGUCAGCCCAGUCAGCCUCCGGAACCUGACAUUGGCGGCUGCUAGUGAUGAAUAUCGUACCAUCCCGUCGAGGGGCGUUUCGCUCGCCACCAGGGACGGCGAAAAGGACAGCUCACCUAACCUCAAGCACUGGGGCGGACGAGAUGAGAUCAGGACCCUCGCGGUGGGACCCCAGUCCACCUCAUUUCUGCGGAGCGACCCACUCCGCACUGUCGGUUGCUGCUGUACCCUCCACGCAUCUGCGUCGCAUUACAUCCCAUCGUAUAGCGAGGUUGCCCUGCGAGGUUGGCCACUCAGCAGCAGUACUAGUAGUAGUAGCAGUAGUAGCAGCAGCAGCAGCAGCAGCAGCAGCAGCAAAGACGAUAAGCGACCUCGUGGCAAGCCGACUAGCUAG